AUGAUCUCGUCAUUACCAGAACUAUAUUUCCACAAAAGGACAUUCACAAAAACACUUGGACCUCUCCAAAUAAAAAACAAUAAUGAAAUUGUUCACACACUCUUCAAAUGUAAAUGCCGCUCAUCAAUAGAAGACACCCGGGUCAUGAGAGGCGCUGAUGUUGCAAGUGGUCAUCAGCUUGUAAGAUCACAAGUGAAGUUGAAACUUCGAAAACACCUGUACAAGACACAGACUAACUCAAGAACAAAAUAUGACACUUGCAAACUACAAAAUCAAACAAUCAAAAGCAAGUUCAUUAUGGAGAUGAAGAAUAAAUUUACUUUGAGUGGGGCGAUUCCAGAAGAUAUUGGCAUAGAAGGGAAAUGGAAAAACUUCGAUAAAGCAUUCAACCAGACAGCCGAAGAAGUACUUGGUGUAAAGAAAAAGAAUCAAAAACUGUGGAUAGGACCAGACUCUUGGAAAAAGGUUGUAGAGACAAAACACCUCAAAAUUAAAAUUGAGAAUGCCAAGUCCAUCAGAAUUAAACAGCAUAUUCAAAAGGAAUACAAAUCCAAAGACAGAGAUGUCAAAUUAAGUAUAAGAUCAGACAAGCGUAAAUGGGUGGAGAACUUGGCAAACUAUGCUGAAAGAGCAGUUAAGAAUGGUCAAAUGAAAACACUAUACGAAAUAACCAGAACGAUAUGUAAAGAAAAACCGCGUCAAGCAUCAGGUGUUAUCAAGAAGAAACAGGGUAAAAUCAUAACAGAUGACAAGGGGGGAAAAGACAAGAUGGAAAGAACAUUUUGA